AUGCUCGAUAAGCUGGAAGACGACGAGUAUGCAUAUCGGCGUAAGGAAAACACUUACUACCCUUUUCAUGACGAAGCCGAAUGGCAAUUGGGGAAGUUCUUGGUCGAAAAUCUUACUCAAACUCAGAUCGCCAAGUUCUUGAAGCUGACAUGGUUUGACACUCGUGAAAGACCAUCUUUCACUUCGAAGGAUCAACUCAUAGGCUGGAUGGAUACGCUACCCUGCUUCACGGAGUGGAAAGUCUCUCAAAUCGCAUUCACCGGUUACAAGACAUCUCAGCCUAUAGAGUUCAUUUGGCGCGAUGCGUUAGAUGUGGUCAAGCAACUUUUCAGCGAUCCAACUUUUGCUAAUCAUAUGACAUUUGACCCACAUGUCGUCCAAGCUGGAGAUCAGCACGAAUAUGGAGAUUAUAUGAGCGCUGACAUGGCAUGGAAAAUUCAGGUAUAUUUGCUGUCAGAUCAUCUUCCUAUGGGCGCAACUCAAGUCCCAAUCAUAUUAGGUUCCGAUAAAACUCCUGUAACACGAGUCACCGGUGGGCUCGAGAUGCAUCCGGUCUUCAUCACCAUCGGCAAUAUCGACUCCGAAGUUCGCUCUAAGGCAACGUUACGAGCUUGGCGCUGUGUAGGCUAUAUGCCCAUUGUCAAGUUCAAAGUGCAUCCGGACUAUCAGACAAUCCUACAGGCACGACUAUGGCACAAAUGUAUGGAUCUCAUUUUAGCCAAUCUCAAGGCCGCAGCAGCAGAAGGCUGUUUCAUGUCGGAUCCCUUCCGAUAUAUUCGUUAUGUCUUUACACCUCUCAUUGCUCAUUUCCAGAAAGCGGCUAAAGCCGUCUAUCUUUCCGGAGUUCAUAUGCCAUUUUGGCGUGAUUGGAAGUACGCCUGUCCGUCUGUCUUCCUUGCUGCUGAAAUCCUCCAUACUUGCCAUAAGUUUUUCUUUGAUCAUCCGCUCAAUUGGGUCAAGGAGGCCGUGGGCAAGCAUGAGCUCGAUGCCCGCUUCGCCAUUCAGCAUAAACGUGUCGGGACACGCCACUUUGCGAAAGGUGUCACCCACGUUAAGCAAAUGACCGGGCGUGAGCACAGAGAUAUCCAACGCACUAUUGUCGCGUCAAUCGCAGGGGCCACUCCACCCAGAUUCAUUCGUGCAAUUCGUGCCCUCAUAGACUUCAUCUACCUCGCACAAAAUCCAGUUCAUUCACCUGACUCACUGAAGUCCAUGGCACAGGCACUUGCGGAUUUCCACUCCUUCAAGGAUGCCAUCGUUGAUGCUGAGGCAAGGAGGGGGAAGAACGGUGCGAAAGAAGAUUUUUUCAUCCCUAAACUCGAGCUACUGCAAAGCUUUUGCGGGACGGUGGAGAGACUGGGCUCCCUGAUGCAGUUUUCGGCUGAUGUGACGGAGCGCUUGCUCAUCACACACUGUAAGGAUCUGUUCAGUCGGACAAGUCGGCAAAGCAAAGAUUUUGCAUUGCAGUGUGUGCGGAUCCUGAACCGGCAAGAAGCGAUGGAGAUCUUUGACCUGUUUGCGCUGUUGCAUUCUCGCGGCGCAUCACUAGUCAAUGCUAUACACGCCGAGGAUGAAGAUGUCAUAACCACCAACCCUGCGCUCUCCUGGGUUUCCCGAGUUCUCCCUGACGAAGCGAAGUCCGUCCAUGGUCCUCGACCUGUCCGCAACCACUUCCUCAAAGGCAUUCUCUCUGGAGAUGCACUCACCGCCUUUCAACUGAAUGUAACACCGGAUUACAAAUCUCUGUCCCCAGUUGAGAUUCGCACAAAAUACUCGCUCCCUGACUUUGAUAUCAUGCUCACCGAUUUCAUGCAUCGUUCAUCCCAGUCCAUGGGCGAGCAUAGCCUCUGGGACGGCAAAUAUGGGCGCCUCUCUACGUGGAACAAAUUCCGACUACAGCUUCGCUCAGCAUUCCAGCCACGAAUCAUAAUGCCAAGCAGAGUGAUACAAGCUUACCCACCUAGUGAGGAUUUCCCCUUCGGCAACUGUGAUACAGUUCUCAUUGAAACCAUGAGAGAUGAUGGCCAAACGAGCAGUCGCGUCGCACAGGUCCGACUGGUUUUCCAGCCAAUAAUUCGACGAGGAUCCAACUUAGACCUUCCAACAUACCUUUCUACUCCGCUUCUUUACGUCCAAUACUUCCACUUUAUCGCCUCUCCUGACGAACAACCCGAACUUUCAAUGUGGACCGUGGAGCGUUCGUACGUUCAAGAUAAUACUGGUAAUCGUUAUAGGCAGGGCGCUGUGGUGCAAAUUACAGACGUAACACACGCUAUUGAACUCAUACCAUGUUUCGGCGAGAAAGUGGCCAGUGAUAUUUCGUCGGCCACUUGUUUGGAACGCCACGAGCGUUUCUUUUUGAACAACUUUGCGGACAAAGAGAGCUACCAUACAUUUAGUACUGAAUUUGCGUAG